CCCACAUCAUAUCCUUGGGUUUUGCAAUGUUUGCAGGUGAAAUCACUUUUUUCCGGUCCAACUGUCCACCAGUGCACGGCUUUGUACACCCGCCAUCCUUUCAGCGGCUCGGCGGGAAAACCUCUGCCGGAACCGAAUCCAUUUGUGCAACGAGUCGGCGUGGCAAUGCAAUGUACAUCAGUUGGUGGCUGGGCUUAAGCAGUUUGCUGCGAGCCGACGUCUCUGCCCUCCUGUUGGAUGUCGGAGCUCCGAGGACCGGGACCCAAUCCAUCCAUGAUGCACUCGAGAUCAUGGGCUUAAAGGCUUUGCAUAGUGGCUAUACACAGAGUGCUCGCGAUCCCGUGUGUGCUUACCUGUUUGCCCAGCAGCCGUUGGAUAACGCUUUAGCCGUCCUAAACGGAUAUGAUGCAGCCAUGGAUGAGCCCUUUAUGCUGAUCUAUGAAGAGGUCAUGGCUGCGAUGCCCGACUCGAAGUUCCUGUUGACCAUCAGCGAUGCUGAAAGCUGGUAUCAGAAUUAUGUGGAUUUGCUUGCAAUGACCGUCACGCUGAAUGUGUCCCUCACAGAUGGACGGCCUUGGUAUUGGGAACCGUGUAGCGCUGUGCGCUUCUGGGGGUGCAACUUUGUGAAUGGCACCGAGAAAGAGAAGAAGACCUGUCUCGAGAACUAUGAGAGGCAUGUUGCACGAGUUCAAGAGGUGAUUCCGGCGGAACGUUUGCUGAUCUACAACUGGUCGGAUGGCUGGACGCCCUUGGCCCAUUUCGUGGGACUUCCGGUGCCAGAUGCCGAGUUUCCGCACAAGGACGAGCUGAAAGAGCAGUUGACCUUUGCUAACCAGGUCGUGCACAUGAUCACAGGUUUUGUGAAUGCCAACGAGAAGUCGGUCGCCCACUAGGACACCCGUUUCACGACGAAAAAAGGUCGUCCAGCAGAGCCCCAGCGAC